AUGUUUAAAUAUAUAGCGGUAAUUUUGGCACUAUCGAACGCUGUUCUGUGCAACUUUGAUCUUUUGAUUUUGCACAACAACGACAUUCACGGGAGGUUCGAGGAAACGGAAAGGAAUUCGGGAACGUGCCUACCGGCUCAUAAGAAUAAAAGUUGUGUUGGAGGUUUCGCCAGGACUGCUCAUAUGAUUAGAAAAUACAGACAAGAAGCUGGAGACGGAGUAGGACCUAAUGUGCUUUAUUUAAAUGCCGGAGACACUUUUAUCGGAACCGUGUGGUAUACAAUACACACGUGGAAUAUAUCGUCUGCUUUCAUGAAUUUGCUGAGGCCAGAUGUGCAGAGUCUAGGAAAUCAUGAAUUUGACAAAGGCACUGACGAACUUUAUAGAUACGUCUCAGCGUUAAAUUUUCCUACCAUUGGAGGAAAUGUAGAUUUUUCUAAAGUACCUAAACUAAUUGAAAAAUUGCCAAAAUCUGUGAUACUAGAUGUUAAUGGAACAAGAGUAGGAGUUAUUGGUCACGUGACAACAGAAACACAAAAAAUAUCAAGUCCUGGAGAGACGAUAUUUUUAGAUGAAGUGCAAACUGUAAAGGAAGAAAGCGAGAGAUUGGACAAAGAGGGAGUCAAAAUAAUCAUAGUGCUUGGUCAUUCUGGAUAUGUCAAAGAUCAAGAAAUAGCAGAAAAAGUUCCUCUCGUUGAUGUCGUUGUUGGUGGUCAUACAAAUACAUUCCUAUGGAACGGCGCUCAACCCGAUACCGAGACUGUCGAAGAUCCAUAUCCUAAAAUUGUGACGCAGCCCUCUGGGAAACAAGUUCCUGUAGUUCAAGCUUAUGCUUACACCAAAUAUUUAGGCGAACUCAAAUUGACAUUUGAUGAAAACGGACAUUUACUUGUCUGGUCUGGUCAACCAAUUUUUUUAAACAGCUCAAUACCUCAAGACGAAGAUGUUUUAGAAUUGUUAAAGAAAUACAGACCAGCGGUUAAUGAUGUAAAUACAGAAAUUAUUGGAAGUGCUCAAGUCACCUUAGAUGGUGGUGAUAACACAUGUAGAAGUAUAGAAUGCAAUUAUGGAAAUUUAAUAGCUGAUGCAAAUGUUUUUUACAAAGCUUCCUUUUCUUCAACAACGUGGACCGAAUCUCCUAUUGGAUUGAUGAACGGGGGCAGUAUCAGAACUUCUGUAACGCCAGGUGUUAAUAAAUGGUUAACCAGAGGAGAUAUUUUAGCCACACUACCUUUUGGAAACCAAAUAGUUUCUUUGAAACUCAGAGGAUCCGAUUUGUUAAAAACAUUGGAACUAGGGAUAAGAAGUAACGGAGAAACGUCAGCAGGAGAAUUCCUACAAGUUUCAGGAUUACAAGUCGUUUAUGACAGAUCAAAACCUGCUAUGGCGAGAGUUGUUUCAGUGAAAACAAGAUGCGGAUAUUGUGCGAUACCAACGUACCAAAAUAUUGACCCUAAUAAAAAUUACUCGAUAGUAACUACGGAUUUUUUGGCUGACGGUUACGAUGGUCAUUAUGUUUUAAAAGAAAAGAGUUUUGAUAAAAAAUUUGAAGAUUUGGGAGAUAUUGAUGUAUUAGUUUGGUAUUUUCAAAAAUAUAGUCCGGUAUAUUCAGAGGUUCAAGGAAGAAUUACAUUUGUUGAAAGCUUAAUGCAGGAACAGUCAAACGGUGCACUCUUUAUACCAAUAAAUUUCUGGAUAUUAAUAUUGAUGGUGUAUUUUACUAUAGAUUAG